AUGGCAAACAUCACUUUCAAAAAUGGCGAAAUGGCCAAGAAGGCCGUGGCCAAGUUCAACGGCGCGCCAAUCGAUGGCGGCAGAUCCAGACUAAGAUUGAACUUGAUCAUCGAUCCAACACAACGACCAGCACGGUCGCUAUCGGAGAGAAUCAGGGCAGUUGCUCCAAAGAACGUGAAGCCCACCAGUGCGAAGAAGGGUCCAACUAAGAAGGCUGCUUUGGCCAAGAAGCAAAAGCAACAGAAGCCUAAGCAACCAAAGAAAAGUCUGGAAGACCUUGACAAGGAAAUGGCUGACUACUUCGAAGAGAAGCAGUAA